AAAAAAAAAAAAAAAAAAAAAACUGUACCCCGGUGGUCUAUAAUCAACAACGAAGCAGACGAUGAGGUGGAGCGCAAGCAAAACGGUGGUCGGCUCCAUCGAGGGGUGUGAUGUUGUGAAGGUGUUAGUCGGGGAGGAACAGCGAGAGUUCACAAUACACAGGGAGCUGCUGAGCGAAAGCUGCGCCUUCUUCCAGGGCCAUAUCGAAGCAAUCCCCUCCCCGUCAAGUCCGGGAGAGGAUGGCGACGAGGACGAGGAGGACUCGGUCCUCUGGCUCCCAAACGAGGGACCCGAUAUGUUCGAGAUCUUUGUCCUCUGGCUCUACCAACGCCGCCGAUUCCCCACCUUCAUCGACAGCGCCCUCCAGACCGCGUGUCCGGACAAGUUCCGCACUCUGCGCACCAACCUCGUACGCCUGCACCUCUUCGCCGCCGUCAUCGACCUCCCAUGUCUCCAGGACGCCGCCAUGGACGCCCUCCAGGACAUGUAUCUGCGCUUCGACUGGGACAUGUCGCCGCGCUUCCUGUCCUUCCUCUUCGCCGACUGCGACCCCCAGCACGCCGUGCGCCUGCGCAAGUGGGCCGUGGCCAUGCUCGCCUGGACCCUCCACGGGGGCGCGGACAAACCCGGUGCCCGCCACGACGCCGACAAGUUGUUCGUCCUCUACCCGGAGCUCAACGCCGACUACACCAUGCACCUACAGAAGAUGACCCAGAGCCGCGCCGACGUGCGUAUCAAGAACCCCCAGCUGCGCCUGCCCGCCAACGGCCUGCGCAGCGGCGAACGCAUGUUUGGCUUCCGCCAGUGCACCUUCCACAGUCACCGCGCCACCGUCGGCGAGGGGCCCUGUCCCCAUGCGCUGGCCAUGGGCCACACUCCCGCCCCGCCGCUCGUGCCGAGGAGGGAUAAGGACGAGAUGGAGUCGGAUAAGGACGAGGCCGACAUCAUCUCGCCCGUGCGGGAUCUGAACGAGGUUUCGUAUCUCGACCUUUCUUGAGGGCCGUUGGAGGACGCAUGUCCUCGUCUACGGAAUCUUGAACUUGGAUACGUCCCUCCUCCGCCGGCGUUGCGGGAGGGAGGGUAAUGAUCACCCACCACUUGGUGCGGAGCCGCCACAAAAGACCGAAGAUGCGCAAAACGGAACGAGCCCACGCCAGGUAUGGACGACAGGGGGUAUAUAAACUCGGGAAAUGCGCCUACUCAGCUGCUGGCGGUCGAUCACGCGCCCAUUUAAUUUAGAGGAGGGAUAUACAGCAAGGACGCCUAGAUCGCGGCUUGAUUAGACCGAGCCAUAUAGGUCAUAAAUCCACACAAGAAUGCUAAUCAAUAUUGUCAUGACAAAA